AGGACGCAGGGCAGCUGGCUCUUCGGGCCAAUGGGUUGGGCGACGGGGCGGGCUUUUGAUGAAGGGUCGGCGGUGGGAAAGAUGGCGGCGACUCUGGGACCCCUUGGGUCGUGGCAGCAGUGGCGGCGAUGUUUGUCGGCUCGGGAUGGGUCCAGGAUGUUACUCCUUCUUCUUUUGUUGGGGUCUGGGCAGGGGCCACAGCAAGUCGGGGCGGGUCAAACGUUCGAGUACUUGAAACGGGAGCACUCGCUGUCGAAGCCCUACCAGGGUGUGGGCACAGGCAGUUCCUCACUGUGGAAUCUGAUGGGCAAUGCCAUGGUGAUGACCCAGUAUAUCCGCCUUACCCCAGAUAUGCAAAGUAAACAGGGUGCCUUGUGGAACCGGGUGCUGCAUUGUCUUCCUUGAGGUAUGGCGACAAGAAGUGAAUGCAGUAUUCCUGGUGUGGCUGCACUGUGAUUUUGUACAAGUCCAUGUUUCCUGAGAGACUGGGAGUUGCAGGUGCACUUCAAAAUCCAUGGACAAGGAAAGAAGAAUCUGCAUGGGGAUGGCUUGGCAAUCUGGUACACAAAGGAUCGGAUGCAGCCAGGGCCUGUGUUUGGAAACAUGGACAAAUUUGUGGGGCUGGGAGUAUUUGUAGACACCUACCCCAAUGAGGAGAAGCAGCAAGAGCGGGUAUUCCCCUACAUCUCAGCCAUGGUGAACAACGGCUCCCUCAGCUAUGAUCAUGAGCGGGAUGGGCGGCCUACAGAGCUGGGAGGCUGCACAGCCAUUGUCCGCAAUCUUCAUUACGACACCUUCCUGGUGAUUCGCUACGUCAAGAGGCAUUUGACGAUAAUGAUGGAUAUUGAUGGCAAGCAUGAGUGGAGGGACUGCAUUGAAGUGCCCGGAGUCCGCCUGCCCCGCGGCUACUACUUCGGUACCUCCUCCAUCACUGGGGAUCUCUCAGAUAAUCAUGAUGUCAUUUCCUUGAAGUUGUUUGAACUGACAGUGGAGAGAACCCCAGAAGAGGAAAAGCUCCAUCGAGAUGUGUUCUUGCCCUCAGUGGACAAUAUGAAGCUGCCUGAGAUGACAGCUCCACUGCCGCCCCUGAGUGGCCUGGCCCUCUUCCUCAUCGUCUUUUUCUCCCUGGUGUUUUCUGUAUUUGCCUUAGUCAUUGGUAUCAUACUCUACAACAAAUGGCAGGAACAGAGCCGAAAGCGCUUCUACUGAGCCCUCCUGCUGCCACCACUUUUGUGACUGUCACCCAUGAGGUAUGGAAGGAGCAGGCACUGGCCUGAGCAUGCAGCCUGGAGAGUGUUCUUGUCUCUAGCAGCUGGUUGGGGACUAUAUUCUGUCACUGGAGUUUUGAAUGCAGGGACCCCGCAUUCCCAUGGUUGUGCAUGGGGACAUCUAACUCUGGUCUGGGAAGCCACCCACCCCAGGGCAAUGCUGCUGUGAUGUGCCUUUCCCUGCAGUCCUUCCAUGUGGGAGCAGAGGGUGUGAAGAGAAUUUACGUGGUUGUGAUGCCAAAAUCACAGAACAGAAUUUCAUAGCCCAGGCUGCCGUGUUGUUUGACUCAGAAGGCCCUUCUACUUCAGUUUUGAAUCCACAAAGAAUUAAAAACUGGUAACACCACAGGCUUUCUGACCAUCCAUUCAUUGGGUUUUGCAUUUUACCCAACCCUCUGCCUACCUGAGGAGCUUUCUUUGGAAACCAGGAUGGAAACUUCUUCCCUGCCUCACCUUCCUUUCACUCCAUUCAUUGUCCUCUCUGUGUGCAACCUGAGCUGGGAAAGGCAUUUGGAUGCCUCUCUGUUGGGGCCUGGGGCUGCAGAACACACCUACGUUUCACUGGCCUUCAUUAGGUGGCCCUAGGGAGAGGGCUUUCUGCUUUGGAUCACUGUUCCCUAGCAUGGGUCUUGGGUCUAUUGGCAUGUCCAUGGCCUUCCCAAUCAAGUCUCUUCAGGCCCUCAGUGAAGUUUGGCUAAAGGUUGGUGUAAAAAUCAAGAGAAGCCUGGAAGACAUCAUGGAUGCCAUGGAUUAGCUGUGCAACUGACCAGCUCCAGGUUUGAUCAAACCAAAAGCAACAUUUGUCAUGUGGUCUGACCAUGUGGAGAUGUUUCUGGACUUGCUAGAGCCUGCUUAGCUGCAUGUUUUGUAGUUACGAUUUUUGGAAUCCCACUUUGAGUGCUGAAAGUGUAAGGAAGCUUUCUUCUUAUACCCUGGGCUUGGAUAUUGCCCAGAGAAGAAAUUUGGCUUUUUUUUCUUAAUGGACAAGAGACAGUUGCUGUUCUCAUGUUCCAAGUCUGAGAGCAACAGACCCUCAUCAUCUGUGCCUGCAAGAGUUCACUGUCAUUGAGCAGCACAGCCUGAGUGCUGGCCUCUGUGUGUCAACCCUUAUUCCACUGCCUUAUUUGACAAGGGGUUACAUGCUGCUCACCUUACUGCCCUGGGAUUAAAUCAGUUACAGGCCAGAGUCUCCUUGGAGGGCCUGGAACUCUGAGUCCUCCUAUGAACCUCUGUAGCCUAAAUGAAAUUCUUAAAAUCACCGAUGGAACCAAA